AUGCAAGACGAAAUCACAGAAAUAUCCAACAAGAAAACUCGCGACGAAGAUGAUAACUCGGACUCGGGCGGUUCUUUGUUCUCGCGUUCCCCAUCUCCAGUGACCGAAGACGGAAAGGAAAGAUGGAGAAUGUCCGAUCCACCACAGGAGAUAUUUGAUGAUGGCGAAUGGAAAUUUCAAAUCAUCGGCGAAGAGGUUGACCACAACGGACAAGUUGUUGAAUGGGAGGAUUGGUAUCGCAAAGACGGCUCAAAUACGACAUGGGAAACGGCAGAAACAAUUUCUGAUGUCCAGUGGAAGCAAGCUCGUCAGAAGGCACGACACGAGAUGGCUAGUAAGUCGCUGUCGAUGAAAGUUAUAACAACUACCGACAUACACAACACUGAAACACAUCUGCGAAAUGACGCCUACAAUGAGAAGAUGAAAAAAUACUCGAAACAAAAGGAGCCCAACUUAUUCGAACAAAUGGAAAAGCUCAUGGCCAAGCAUGAAGCUUUGGAUCGAAUUGCUGCACAAGGGUCAGCAACAGUAGAAAGGAGCCAAGCAGGAUCGUCUAAGGUCUCACGAAGUUCCUCCAGGCUAUCCUCCAAAUCAUCUGCUACUCUACUCCCUGGACACGCCGAAUCAUUCGCUAAAUCCCGCCAUCCAUCCGUUCCUUCGAUAUCUCACUCAUACGCAUCCUCAAAGCCAUCAUCAUCAAUGACCAUUCUGAGUAGCGCCUCUCCACUAUCACCUCCACUACCUUCAAAGUCAAUCCCCAGUUUGAAAGGAAAAGAAAAAGCGGUUAUUUGCCAUUUUUCUAGUCCUGAAUGUCCUUCCUCUCGUGAAUCGUUACCUCUAGACAAUCACCAACCGUCGUCAACAUUUUCCUCUUCAUCCGGUGAACCAACGGCUUACAAGCGGUCAAAACAGUCAUCUCCCCAACAUUCUGAUUCGGAGAGCUCCCAACUCCUUUUUUCGUCAUCGAACAGAGGCCGGAAGCGCUCAAGGCACCUCAUUAUGUCCGGAUCAGAAGUAGAGGAUGCAGACAUCCGAGAAAUAUCCCCCUUUAUACCACCAAAAGUUGCUCCACAUAAAAAGAACUCUGCUGCAUCUUCAAGCAGCAUGGAUGAUUCACUCCAUCGGCGUCUUGAAUUAGAGAAAGCAUGGAACAUUGAAGCACAAAGGAUGGGCGCUGCGCCUAUCUAUUUUGUUAACGAUAUCGAUGAUGAGCCGAUUCCAAGUGUAGACCCCCACUUCCGUUAUAUUGAAAAAUCGUACGAAUUUGCUCCCGGGAUUGAAAAACCGUCGGAUGAAUUUCUUCUUCGAUGUUCAUGUAAGAAAUGCACCAAAGCAAUAUACUGCGAUUGUCAGCACCCCUCUUUUAUGUUGGAUGAGAAAAAUGUACCAUUUUUUGCCUAUGAUAAAUAUGGCCUUUUCGCUUUCAAUAUCAACAAAGGUAUCGAGGUAAUAGAGUGCAAUAAGCUUUGCAAAUGUGCAAAAAGCCCUGGCCAGUGCCCAAAUCGUGUAUCUCAAAUUCCCCGCAAGCAUCCUAUUGAAAUAUUCAAGACUCCGACGCGCGGAUGGGGUGUCAGAUCUACCGAGGCGAUCAAAAAAGGACAGGUUUUGGGAAUUUAUACUGGACUUGUCAUAACGCGAGAAGCAGCUAAUGCCUUGCCCGGACCCUUAGCCAAAUACCGUUUUGAUCUCGACGGCGAUGAGCUAGCAAAUGAGGAGGAAGAAAAUCCAUCAACUCUUGGACUGUAUUCAGUAGACUCUAGAUUGCACGGAAACUGGACCCGCUUCAUCAACCAUUCUUGCUCCCCCAACCUACAAAUAUACCUCGUCGUGCAUGAUACUCCUCCUGGUAUUGGACUUCCAUAUAUCGCUUUUGUCGCCAAUCAGAAUAUACCCAUAAGAAAGGAACUCACCUUCGACUAUAACCCAGGACAAUCGUCGACAUUAGAAGAGGGUGCUGAUCCAUGCCAUUGUGGAUCUAACGAAUGUCGCGGGUUUCUUUUCUUUUAG